GGACGGAGGGAGGAUGGGCGGGGCAGGGUUCGAGGGGCAGUUGUGGGUGGGGAUGAGGGAGGUGGGGGGCGGGGCAGCGGAGGAUGAGUCCCCGGCCUAGUCUAAACUCCACUUUUUCUUCUUCCGCACAGCGGGUUUCCGCUUCCCUCCAGAGCGGUGGGUGAGGCACUGAGGCCGAGGCUCGACCAUAGAGCGCCGCUAUGUGGCCCCCGGACGCAGAGACUGAGCCCGAUCCGGAGUCCGCGCAUGGCUCCCGAAGUGGCAGGACAGUGCCGGGGCUCCGAGCCCUGUUGCCCGCGCGCGCCUUCCUCUGCUCUCUCAAAGGCCGCCUCCUGCUGGCCGAGUCGGGUCUUUCAUUCAUCACCUUCAUCUGCUAUGUGGUGUCCUCCGCAUCCGCCUUCCUCACAGUGCCCCUGCUGGAGUUUCUGUUAGCUGUUUACUUCCUCUUUGCGGAUGCCAUGCAGCUGAAUGACAAGUGGCAGGGCUUGUGCUGGCCCAUGAUGGACUUCCUGCGCUGUGUCACCGCUGCCCUCAUCUACUUCGUCAUCUCCAUCACUGCUGUCGCCAAAUACUCAGAUGGGGCUUACAAAGCAGCUGGAGUUUUUGGCUUUUUUGCCACAAUUGUGUUCGCAAUUGACUUCUACCUGAUCUUUAAUGAAGUGGCCAAAUUCCUCAAGCAAGGAGACUCUGGGAAUGAGCCCACAACCAAUAGGACAGAAGAACAGAACUCCAACUCUGACUCAGACUCUGACUGAAGGCCUGUCCGUGCUUGACAACUGGAGCCACUCAGCCCUCUCACCCAUGCUGUCCUGACGAGGCUACAGGAGCUACAGGCUACAGGAGCAUGGCAGGGAAUGUCCAUGGGAGAGCAGACCGAGGAGCUGGUCUCUCGAGAUUACACUCCUGAGGCCUCACAACAAAAUUGGCUGUGUUGGCUUGGCACUGCUGAGCUAGCACGGUAGGGCACAUUGACUGUCCUUCCUUCUCCUCUUUCUGUCCUUGAGUCACUUUAACCACUGCCCCACAGAAGCACACAUCAAACCGAGCCAAUCACUGCAGUUCAUGUGGCAGCAUGGGGUGGGCUGGGAUUUCCUUUUACUAACAGGGACAGACAAACCACCGCAGGCUGGGCCACCUGCCCGAGCCUGCACCGAGCUCUCCUGUUCACCCCUGCACUUCGUUGAGAUGACUUUCAGGAAUCUUUUGUUCAAGAAGUUUCCCUCCUCACUGUGAAACAGGGAGAGAACUAGCUAGCCAAGUCUUCCAUUAGGGGUCUGAGACCUUUUCAGAAAGGAACCCAAAGAUCUGUUUACCAGGGCCCACAGACAGGGAGCCAACCAGUAUAGUGGCAGUGACCAAGUCACAAGUGGCUGGGCGGGCCCAGCCAAGUACUCACCUCCUGGGGAUCCUUAAAGGCUAAGUGCUUCCUCUGGACACCUGGGCAGGACCACUGGUGACACGGACCUUCUCUGUAUUCACUUGGGGGCUGAUACUGUGUAUGUGUCUUUGAUGGUGUUUUCUAACUUUUUUAUAUUCUUUUUUUAUACAAAAACAAUGUAACAAAUGGCCUUUUCUGUAACCUAAGAGGCCCCAUGAAUGAGCCAGAGUUCUGGGCCCAUGUCUUGGGCAUUUGUAACCUUCUUGUCUUGCAUGUGAAUCCCCUCCCUAAAAAACAAAAAACAAAACAAACAAAAAAAAAAACCAAAACAACAACAACAAAAAAAAUGGAUUAAAACAAAUUCACUACAUGCUUGUAGUGCACCUGACUCAGAACUCACCCACUGCCUGCAGACACACUGGGCACUAACUGCCUGUUUCCAUACAAGCAGGCACAGCGAGUCCUGGCAGCUCUGGCAUCAGCAGCAAGACAAUACUUACUCUGCUGGGCAUCAGGGUAGCAUGUGACCACUGCCGGUGACUUUACUCAAUCCUGCAGUCGAGGCACUAAAGGGUUAGCAUACACUCUAGUUAGGAUGGUGUCCUGUGGCAGCCAAAAAGUGGGGCUUCAUGGUUUAGAAACUAGUUGAGCAAGGGACCUCAGAGCAGCGGCUGUGAGAACCUAGUCGGCAUUCUGGCCCACACACGGGAAACAGGAAAACAUUCUGGUCACUGUCACUGAACACACACUGAAAGCACGCUAUGGGCAGUCAGAUAUACAGAGUCAGAGAGGCUGUGCAAUGUCCCACAGCCUGGCAGGCUGGUCCUUCUACAGUCUGCUCGCAGCCUGUUGACAGUGCUCCAUCUCACCUCCAUGGGAUAAGCUUGUGGCAAACGCGGGACCCAAAGCCUUUGGGAGAGAAAGAAGAGACUGAAGCAUUUGUCUAUGUCCAUUUAUUAAACAAGAACUCCUUCAUGACAAUACAGUAUUCAUUAGUGAUUAGUACUGAGAAAAUUAUUUCCCUCUACAUACAAAAAUACAGAUUUGAACAAUAUGAAAACAAUCAAGACAAGUACCAUGAAAAAUUGGUCCUUCAAAGGAAAGUGGGGACGCUGAGGGCAGUGUGAGGCUUUGCCUGCUGCUGGGCAAAUCAACGGGAGCGAAUGCCAUGGCUCCCCCAUCAUUUGAAGUGCACGGGAUCAAACCUGGGAGUCAGGGGAGGCCCAUCCAUGGCAGCAAUGUCAGAUGGGCCAGGAUGGAAAGCUUAGUACUGCAAACAACACAAAUUAAACAUUUUUGAAUGGCCUUCACAUUUGGAAUUCCCAUGCCAAACUUCAGCUGGGCACGGUGGUCCAUGGGUGUACCAUCCCAGCAUUUAGGGGAAGAAACAGGGGGAUUGUUCUAAGUUAGAGGUCAGACAGGACUACCAAGCCAGACCCUGCCUCAAAGAAAACCCAACUCAAGAAACAAAAUGUGGUCACUGUUAACAUUGUCUCCUACUAGUUAAAUGGAGUAGCAGUGGCCGAUCCUGGCAGAGCUGUCUUUUGGCCACAUGAUGACUUCUGUUGUCACAGAAUUACAUGUUUUGACUCUUCAAAGAAGUUCAUGUCUCAGAGGAACCGUACCUUUACUCAACAAUGGCUCAGUGACUGCUUCCUGACCAGACAACUCCAAGGUACAGGGUCAGGAAAACAGAAUGGAUGGCUGUUACCCUGUACCCUGGCUUCCCCCAGCCCUCCACAGCACAGGACCUACUGCGUUCAGGCUACCCAGAAACCCACCAGCAGCAUCCACAAUGCUACCUAAAUCCAAGUGGGAGGAAUCCCAGAGCAAGGCUGAGGUGCUGCUAGGACACAGGCCAGACAACAGCAUGGGACUGACUGGCUAGGAUGGGAGGGCAGGAGCCAAAUGCAAGCUCUCACCAGACCCAGCAAGCAGGAAGGUGGCGCAGGGUUGAAACUUGUGAAAAGUGAGACCACUUUCUUCUCACUGUUGGUGAGCAACAGUUCUUCCAGCCUAACAAACAGUCAAACA